AUGGGUCUCACUCCCCGUCUGGCUUUGGCACCACCAUCACCCAAUUGCAUCGCCAAGUCCGUCCUCGCCGCCACGCAGCUCGCCACCUAUCGCCUGCCCGCGUCUUCCCUGCAGUUCUGUUACUACAUCGCCCGUGCGUCCCGCAAUUCAGUCGCAGGACGACCACAAACUCUAGAUAAGCACGGCCUCCCACAUUCGCCGGGUGCGUUAGCAACUGUGCGCGAGAGCGUUGAAUUGGAAAGAGUUCUAACGCCGUCAUCUCCGUGCUCUGCUCUCAUUGCGCCAUUCGCCUCCCAUGCCUGGCGCUGUGAGCGUCUGUUUGACGCGGAUGCACCCGACGUGUCCCGUGUUCUUCCGCCUCGCCUAAAUGAUUCUUCCGUCUAA